AUGACGGCGCGCAAGUGGACCCAGGACGAAGACGAGAAGCUUCGCGCGGCGGUGUUGAAGGUGGGUGCCAGACGGUGGAGAGUGGUGGCAAGCCAGUACUUCCCUCAUCGUACGCAACAAGACUGCUGUAAUCGCUGGCACGAGCUUCAAGCAUGCACGUCGAUGCACAAACGUCCGUGGUUGGCAUUCGAAGACGACAUCCUUGUCAAGACAGUGGCAAGGUAUGGUCCCAAGCGGUGGGGCUUGAUCGCGUCGUACAUUUCCGGGCGGAAUGGAAAGCAAUGCCGCGAGCGGUGGCACAAUCACUUGAACCCGUCCAUCAAGAAGGGCCCUUGGGAGCCCCACGAAGACGAAAAACUCGUCGAGUUGCAAGCCAAGUACGGGAACCGAUGGGCGCUCAUCACCAAAGCGCUUCCAGGGCGCACGGACAACGCUGUGAAGAACCAUUGGCAUGCGAAUCUCAAGCCGUCCGACGCUUCGGAACCAUCCAAUCCAGCCGUCCAAAAGAGUCGAGUUGUGCCAGUUCACGCGACCAUCUCGCUGCCUCCGUUGAGGCUCAAGGUGGAGCCCUUGCGCGCCAAACCUUCGAGGCCCGUCGUCGUCGCCGCGGUGGCAGAGACGGAUGACGAGUUUGCAUGGGUGUCUGACGAGUGGGCGUCCAUGGACGUGUCUGCGUGGGACGACAUGGUCAUCCAAGCGUCGGAUGUCCUUUGA